AUGGAGGAGACUGGCACAAGCCGCCCGCCCGCCUCUGGCACCGACGCCGGCGACUUCCCGGAGCUCCUAGGUUUCUGCGCGCGCGCGGAGGCCCUCAUCGCUGAGCUGCUCCUGCUCUCCGACCGCGCACCUCCGCUGUUCGCAGACCGCCGCUUCGACCCCGUCCUCUUCGACUUCCGAUACUUCGAUUCCCCAGGCGAUUUUGAGGCGAGGAUCGACGGAAACAUCGAGCUGGAAGCACUGGAAGAUCAGCUCCGUGACUCCUGCGGCUCCUACAUGCAGAGAUUCUUCUCCUUUCUGGAUGGCGCCGUCACUUACCACGGAGAGCUCUGCAAUUACCUGAAUGAUCUGCAGGAAGGGUUAUAUGUCCACUGCACAUUAGAUCAUGUGUUGGAGAAUAACUGCGCAUGCCAGUUACUCGUGGAGUCAAUGACUCUGUUCGGAUGCAUGAUUCUUAUAAUGGAACACAAAAUUGGUGGGUUGCUGCGCGAGAGGCUCCUUGUGGCACACCUGCGGUACAAACGCUGUUUUAGCUAUCCCAAUCUGGAGCAGAUAUGUGAGCUCUGUCGUCGGCAUGUGCCGACCCCGGGUACUUCUGCUAGUCCUGGUUCAUUACCAUUUAGCUUGGACAUUAUUUCUAUUCAGAAGUCUGAGGACCUACUCAGGAGGUUUCUAUUGCCCGAACCUGUUGUGAAUGCUGUCAUAACCUGCUUGAGAAAUGGGGAUGUGUACAACAACAUCCGCUUCUAUCCUGAUCCGCAGCACCGGACUACUGCUCUGUCCCUGCAAGGUGGACAUCUGUAUGUUCUUUUGUUUUACUCUCAUGACCUUCUGCACAGAGGUUUGGCUAUGCGGGAGAUUGUUGACCGGUUCUUCAAAGACAACUGGGUGGUUCCCAUAUUCUUGCAUUUCUCAGUUGAUUUACUUGUCUCUUGGGAUGCAUACAAAGAAGCAAAGUCAUCAUUAGUUUCCUGCCUUUCUCCCACUUCCAUUCGUGAUAUCAGUCUUCACCAUUAUACAAAGGUUCCUUAUUUUUUAGCUGACUUGGAUAUUCACAUGCAUGCCAUAAACAAGGAGUAUGUGCUCAAUAAUUCUCAGAGUCUUCUUUCUGUCAUUAGAGAAUGCAAUUUCACUCUCCGUUGGCUUUUGCUUCACCGCAUGACUAGUGACAAGAAGGCAAGGGACCUGGUGAUCUCUGUAGGGUCAUCGCAGCAAGUAGAUGAAGGAAGUCUGUUACAACUUUUAUUCAAGACUGCUAAACUUGAGUUUGAGGUGAAGCAACUGCAUAUUGAACUGUUGAAAACUAGAGAAAGUAUGUGGUAUGAAAAGAAGAAUGAUGCUUUGGAAUGUAUGAAGGACUUGUCUCAGAACUAUAUUGGGACUUGGGCUGCAUCAUGCAAAUUCAAGAAUAAGACUCUGAAAGACUGGUUGGAGCAAUUGUUGUCAGAGCUUAUUUCCCUGAACUACACCUCCAUUGGAAGUUGUGGCAGGACAAUUCAUCGAGUGCUGUCUACACUAAAAGAUAUGGAGAUGAUCCACCAGGUCAAAGAGAGUGUGCAGAUAAAGCGAGGCUUCUCCAAAAUACAGAAUAAUCUCCAUGAUAUGAUAAAAGUCCUUAACCUAAACCAAGAGGCAACAAAUAUUUUGUCAGUGAUUACUGAUGCUAAAUAUGCAUGGGUUUAUCUUACAUUGUUUGAGACACUUCUUAAGAAGAAUAUCAGUCAUGAUCCAUCGGAAACGAUAUUUUUGCAUACGGUGUUUCUUAAAUUUCAAUCAUGGCUGAGUGCACCGCUGCAAAGGAUCAAGCAAUGUGAAAGCCCUGAUAUUCACUGUGUCUCAACCUACUAUUCUUCGAAAUAUGCAGCUAAGAUAUUUGCAGUUUUGGAUAUUAUCCCGGAAAAAUUGCUUAAAAUUUCCAAUGCUGUGGAUUAUGCAAAUGCAGAACAGCCUACUCAUCUAGUAAAUCGCAUCAACCAGGAAGCAUUGCAAGAGCUCAUGCAGAUGGAUCAUCAACUAUGUCAAGCACGGCAAGCUGCACAAUUAUGCACUAUUUCGAAGGGCCUCAGGAACAUGUCAAAUAAAUUUGAUGACCUUGUGAACCUGAAUUUAGGUGGAUGGCUCAAGCAGAUGAUAAGAAAGGAACUAGCGAUUCAGCUUGAAGGAAAAUUGAAGUGCUUAUCAUCUUAUGGUGACAUGGAGGCCAACCUCAACUCUUUGUCAAACUUUAUGCUUUUCCAGAUGCAGAGGAUGGAAUUCAUUGAGGAUAUACUGCACAUUGAUGGGAGCUCAAUCUGGCAAGAAACAUUCACUACUGUGUUGGAACGGUGUGCUAAAAAAGAGGCUCUGGAGCUUAUGGCAUGCAUGCAAAAGUCAGCUAAUGUGGUGAAACAGUUGAAUAAUAUGUCUAGCCCAAGCACAUUUUUUGGCAACUUGCUGCAAUAUAUAGUUCAGUUGACAAAUCCAUCACACUCCAUGUUUAUAGAGGCCACGAUUGGUUGGUUUGAUGCAGGAGGCCAUGAAUUGCUUGGCAUGCGUUUUUUAAACCUUCUGGAAUUAUGUUUAGGACAGGUUGGGUUAGCAUGCUUGGACUCCUUGGUACACAUACUCAUAAAGCAUAGCAUAGAGAAUACUGUGACAAAUUUACAUACUUUGGUUGAUGCUAAACGCCAGGAGGAUCUGGCCAAGCUGGAUGAUUUUCUAGGCCCUCCUGCGUCUAUUCCUCUGAUGGGUCAGUCAUCAUAUAAGCAAAUGGUGAAGAUUUUAUAUUCGUCAUGGGGACCACUGGUUGAGGAAUUGGCAACAAUUGGACAACUGCAGUUGCUUCGGACUCUUAUAGCCUUCAAACUGAGAUCAGCAUGCAAGAUCAAAGCAAAGACUAUAACCUCAGUUGUUGAGGUUUUGGUGUCUUCACUUUCUGUGCAGAAAGGAAAGUCUGAGACAGAAGAGGAUCAAAGUGUGAGAUUCUUACUUCACGGUAUAAAGGAGCAGCAAAACUUUUGUGGUUUAUUUUCACCUCUUCAAGUUAUCUAUAUCUCGGAGGAGCCUCCAAUGUUCUUGACCAGAUUGCUGUCCCUCUUUUCAAUAUCACAGUUGUCAAGAUUUGUGCUUGAUGUUCAUUUAGGGAAUUUGACAAGUCCACUAAAGAGGUCCACCGCCGAUUUCUCUGCCGUGAUCAUAGGGCUUGGGACACUCUUGCGGCAGUUUGAUUCUUUCUAUAUGACCCAGUAUAUUCAGUUCAUGGUUCAGUACAUUCGGACGACAGAAGCAGCAUUCAAUGACACAAGUGGUACACACAAGGGAGCUACUCAUUCCUCUGAGGCGCCAAAGGCAGUGUUUUGGUUGAUGUCCUUAUGCAAGUACAUGGAUAUCUCGAGGGAUGUAGUGGAAUCGUGCUUGCCCGCUUCUGCUCUUGCUAUCCUCCAGUCAUGA